UAGAACGUCCGGUUCAGCCAUGUUGUGGUUUUGAAUGAGGAAGAAGCGGGAGAUAUUAUUGUUCAACGAGUUUAUAUACAAUUUAUAGCCGCGUUGAGGAUAUAUAAAAGACCUGGGCCGUGACUCAAAAUGAUAGCCGUUUCUGCGAACGCGUUAGUUGCGACUUAUCGCAUUCCUGCUGGAAUUUAAACACACUUUCAUGAAUUAGCCGUGUAGCUAACGGCGUUAGCUAGCACGGGAGUUAGCAUAGCGUGCUAGCUUCACAGCUAGCCGUCUCUGAGCUAACUAGUUACAGUUAGUUGCGUUCGCGGAGAAGGAAAAUUGUAUUUGUGAGGAGUGUUAUCGCUUGAAACAGCCCGAGCAAAGCUUCCCCAGUCGAAUGAAGCGCGUUAGCUCAAUUUGGUUUGGCUGCAUUGACAGGUGAACUGAAAUCGCUUAAAGCGGUUUAUCUCGAAACCAGCGGCGUUUUCCCUAAAACUUUUGAGCCAUGUUGAAUAAAAUUUACGAAUGGAUAGAAACGAGCUUUGCCAAUCUGCGCAAUGGUGUACCAGACGUAGAGCACUCUGAUGCACACCGGGCACCGAGAGAUGGCCACAUGAGGAGGAAAAGACCGAUUGAAUGUUUGGACGAUGGCAAUAACCUUGACCAAGAUGGCUUAAUAAUAAAGAAAUCACGAAUGGGAGAUCUAAUUGAUACAGUCAAGAGCGCAGCUGAAGGGGUUAAGAGUCACAGUUCCAGUGUGGCCACAUGGAUGAGGAACAAUGUAAACCCUACCUUGAGAAAUAUACUUCCUACCUCCCCUGGUCCUCCACCUGGAGAGCCGCAGCCCUCAACAUCAGCAGCAGUUUGGACACGGAGGCCGAUCCUUGACAGGAAUUCUCUGGAUGAGACGUUUGCUGCACCCUCAACCACUUUGGAGUGGAAAACAUCCAAAUCAGUCUGCAGGCGGCAAGUGUGCAUGAGUCCUACACAUCGUGAGGUUCCCAAGACAAAUGGACACUCGGUCAUCUUGCCAACCUCCGUCGCCCCCAAAGUUCACCCCGCUCCACGGUUAGGAAGGCCCCUAAACCUCCGACCGCAUGGAAGUCCAAGUUUGUUCGGUGGAACGGGUACCCCAAGCACCUCCUGCACCAGCAUGUAUGAGAAGACCUUUCCCAUCAAAGUGAUGCAGAGCCCAACACACAGCACCUCAUCAGGCCGCUUGCACAGCACCAGGCCCCGCUGCACAGCUCAGGAGUCUGUCCGUGAGGAGGAGAAGGAGGUCUACAGGCAGCUUCUGACCAUGGUCUCAGCCGGUCAGUCGUCUUUCCUUCACAACGGCAGCUCACACACCAUUGUGAGGUCACACAGAGAUUUCACCAGCUUCCUCACAACCAGCCGCAGACUGCUACAUUUGCCUUCCCCAGCUGGGUCAGCAGCAGGAGGUACUUCAGAGGGACCCAGCAGCCCACCCAGUCCCAGAGGGGUUUCUAGUCAGUCCUCCAGCAACCUCCCCAGCCCGGCCGCUGCCUCCAGCAAGCCAGGGAUCCAGACGUGGUCUCUGGACGCAGACCUCAGCUCCAGCAGAGCAGCUACUCUCACAUCAGUUCCUUCCCCAUCAGCUCUGCAGGAUAACUCCUCUCAGGACACACAGUCAUCAGCUCAUGAUGGUGACUCUGUAAUUAUUGUAAAUGAACAAAAAGGCAAAAAGCAAGACAGCCCAAGUGUGCCAUGUUUCCAAGCUGAGUUGUGGAUCAAAGAAUUGACUAGUAUGUAUGACUCUCGGGCAAGAGAGAGACGGAGACAGAUAGAAGAACAGGAGGCUCUGGCUGCCCAACUGCUACGACAGCGCCUGUCAGAAGAGGGGCCACGUAGGCCAGAUGUGGAGGUUCAUGUGCGAGUUCCUUUGGAGAAGGAGGUUCCUUUGGCUUAUGUGAUAGAAGAACCCAAGGCUUUGGAAGAGAAACCGGAAUUCCCUGAACUCACAGAGGAAAUGGAGGCUGAGGUGAAUAGAGUUCUGAGAGGGGGAAGUCCUCAUGAAGUAUUAAGUGAAGGUUUUGGUCUCAGCCUUACACGUAAAGAUUUGCAAACCCUCAGCAACCUCAACUGGCUCAAUGAUGAAGUGAUCAACUUUUACAUGAACCUGCUGGUGGAGCGGAGUAAGGACCCCAACCUGCCCUCAGCCAACACUUUCAACACGUUUUUCUACCCCAAGCUGCGCAGCAGCGGCUACUCUGCUGUCCGCCGCUGGACAAAAAGGACAGACAUCUUUUCUAAAGACAUCCUGUUGGUUCCUGUCCACUUGGGGGUGCACUGGUGCCUCUCUGUGGUGGAUUUCCGCAAAAAGGCCAUCAUGUACUUUGACUCUAUGGGAGGAAACAAUGAUGAAGCCUGCAGGAUAUUGUUUGAUUACCUGCAACAAGAAAGUAAGGACAAGAAGGGAAAAGAGCUGGAUACCUCGGGCUGGACUCUGCACAGCAAAAAGCGCUGCGAAAUCCCACAGCAGAUGAAUGGUAGCGACUGUGGGAUGUUCACAUGCAAAUAUGCAGACUACAUUACCAAAGACAAGCCAAUCACAUUCACACAGAAACACAUGCCCUACUUCAGAAGAAGGAUGGUUUGGGAGAUCGUCAACCAUAAGCUGUUGUGAUGUUGGGAUGAUGAUUGCGAACUGUGAGCUCACAGGUUGUUGAGCUUCGCUGCCCAGGAGGAUCCACUGAGAGUAGUCCUUGGCGGUCAAGACGCGCACACCAGCUCCUCAGAUCAGGAACCAGCUCUGCCAGUUUCCAUCCACUAACGUCAAAUGCGUCCUCAGCUGAUAUUGGCUGAUGGGAUGUUGCUGGAGCUCCAAUCACUGCCUCCGAGUCUUCUUUACCAGUUCCUUGUUUUUUGUUUCGAUGCAUCCUCGGGAGCAUCGUUACAGCAGCUGAAACACUGCGGAUUUUGUAUGGUCGUCCAGCCAUAACCGUGUUUGAAAUCACACUUGUGCUAAAUCAUACUCUGAGGUGCAAUGUUUGUUUUUUUGUUGUUGUUUACAUGCAUAUUUUAUGCUGCAUUGUUUUUUUUUUGUUUGUUUUUUUUAUAACCAUAAUAAUAUUAUAUUUUGUAACUGCAAAGGAAAGACUGACAUUGGAAUGAUAUCUAGGUUCUCUUUUUUUUUUUCAGUGAGAAAAGGCUGCAGCUAUUACAGUGAUUAUACUAUUUUUUCAAUUGGUUAAUCCUUGUCAAUACAUCUAAAAAAAAAAAACUGAGAAGACUCCACCCAUCAUCAUAUUAAAUCAAACCGGAAAUGAGAAAAUAUUCACAUCUGAGGAGCUAAAAACCAGAAAUCUUUAAGUUAAGCAAAUGUUGACAUUUGUUAAGUAAAAUGAAAAGAGGGAUCAGUGUGUACAGAAAUGGUUGCCAGUCAUUAUUUUUCUAUUGAUCAUCAGUAAAUAUUUUGUUGCAGCUUUUUGGAAUAACAUGAACCAAACUUGACUCACGAAAUUUGUUUGAUUAAAACGCACAAGUCUUCA